UAAUGGAAGUCAUCAGAGCCCAAUGAAGUUUCCAGAAACUGGGAGAUACACUGUGAAAUCAAAAGGUUUUAAAACAAAGAUUAUGCACUCGUUGCUUUCCAUACAUUCUAAUCAUGGACAAGUAUCAUGUGUUGGAAAUGGUUGGAGAAGGCUCUUUUGGAAAAGUCUAUAAAGGACGUCGCAAAUAUAGUGCACAAAUUGUGGCCUUGAAGUUUAUUCCUAAAGUGGGUCGGUCUCAGAAAGAGCUGAAGAAUUUGCAGCGAGAGAUUGAGAUCAUGAGGGGACUUCAUCAUCCCAACAUUGUCCAGAUGCUUGACAGUUUUGAAACUGACAAAGAGGUGGUUGUGGUGACAGAUUAUGCUGAAGGAGAGCUCUUUCAGAUCCUUGAAGAUGAUGGGAACUUGCCUGAGGAACAGGUGCAAGUUAUUGCUGCUCAGCUGAUUUCUGCACUCUAUUACUUGCAUUCCCACCGGAUCCUACACCGUGACAUGAAACCUCAGAACAUCCUGUUAGGGAAAGAAGGCAUGAUCAAACUCUGUGAUUUUGGGUUUGCCCGGGCAAUGAGCAUUCAAACCAUGGUACUGACAUCGAUCAAGGGCACUCCACUUUAUAUGUCUCCUGAGCUUGUGGAAGAGAAGCCAUACGACCACACGGCUGACCUUUGGUCAGUGGGAUGCAUUCUGUAUGAACUGUACGUGGGGACCCCACCCUUCUACACCAAUAGCAUCUUCCAAUUGGUCAGCCUCAUCAUCAAGGACCCAGUCAAGUGGCCAAAAAACAUGAGCCCUAAUUUCAAGAGCUUUUUGCAAGGUCUCCUGACGAAGGAUCCUCGUCAGCGUCUAUCCUGGCCAGAGUUACUCUAUCAUCCCUUCAUUGCUGGACAGGUGACAGUGAUCGAUGACACAACAGAACAGGGUAUUACAAACCCUUUCACUACCAAAUUGACCCCUGAAUUACAGGCUCUGAAAGACCAACAGGCACAUUUCCUGGCCCCUCACAGUGGUCAGUCAAAGAUUUUGAAGAAGGCACGUCAGAAGAUGGCCCAGGAGGCUCAGAAAAAGGUGAGAGAGAAAUCCAAGCCUCCUUUGAAAGGAGAAAUAGCUAAGGAAGGCCAGGGCCUUCCAUGGAAAACCUGCCUAGUUCAGGAAGAUCCCAGAGAAAGGCAUCCGGUGUCUUCUGGAUCCGGAGAACAGAGGCGCUGUGUUCUAGAAAACCAAGGAGCAGAAUGGGAGCAAGCCGAGCCACCUCCUACGCCUCGGGAGAACAGAAUUACACAUGAUUAUGACCGGGAAUUCCCAGAGGGGAAGCCAACAAAUGGCGGAUCAGAAGCACGAGACAGAUGUAGCCUCAACACUGUAGAUCUGGAAACUGAGGAACUGGAUAGUGAUGAAGAAUGGCAGCACCUCAUUGAUGCCACAGAUCCUGCAAAUGUACAGCUGUGUGCCCCACUGAGUCUUUUGGGAGACCCUGAUUUUGUGCAGCGCAUCCGUACCCGAAUCCAGGAUUCUGGUCAACAGGUCUUAGAAGGAAUGCUUGAGGGUGCUUCCCAUCUUCGUCCUGUUCUUCAUGUCAUUUGCAACUUGUUAAGUACACGAUGUAAUUCAGAACUACUGUACACCUUCUGCAGGGACAUAGACCUAUCCCAUUUUGUGAUGCAUCUAGUGAGGGACAUUUUGGAGAGCUCCCGUAUCAAGCAGCAGCCAUGGCAUAUUACACUGCUAAUAGAUCUAAUUGCAGUGAUGUCAGCCUUCUUUGCUAGUGAUUUCAAUCAAGAGAAAGAUAAAGAAAAGAAAAGUUUGCAGGAAUUUUACACGUCUGCUAGUCACUUCCUAACUCUGCUACCCAUGCUACUGACUCAGCCAACAGAUCAAGAAAGCAGGCUGCGAGAACAAAGCCUUAUGUGUUUCAUCCAUUUAUGUGACAGCAUGGAUCGCACCUGUCCAUCAGUCUCCAACACUUUCUACACCAGCUUGCUUGAAGAUCAUCAAGCCCUGCUGGAUGCGUUCUACCAGGGUGCAAGCUCAGCUCAAGAAGUAUUUCCAAAACCAGCUGAGCCAGCACAUGGGUGGUGUCAAUGCUUGGCAGCUGCUUUUACAGAAGCCCUGGCUGCAUCCUGUGGCAUCCCAGGAGGGCACCUCACGCUUCAAAGGGCCAAAAAGCAGAUUUCCCAGCAAAUAGCUGAAAAGCUCACCAAGAAAGAUGACCGACUGCUUCCAUGUCUUUUCUCAUCCACCAUGUGUCCUACUUCUUCUAUGAGCGGGCUAAAGGUCCUGUAUGCCUGCUGCCAUGUCAAUCAGGCUCUGUGCCAUCGCAUAGCAACUCCAGAAUUCCUGAGUCUGCUAAUCUGCCACCUGCAGGGCAAGGUCUUGCUGCCUGAAGUUGCACGAGUCCAGGCUGUGGAAGCCUCACUGAGGCUCAUCUCCCUGAUGUUGCUCCAGUGCCAGAUCCUACCUCCACAGUCUGAUAUUGUGUUAAAAGAGACCAUGCGGCUUUUCAACCACAAAGCAAAUGCCUCCAUUCUAAGUGCUGCAGGAUUGUUACUGGCCUACUUGAUCCAGUAUGGUGCUUCAGUGAAACUGAGCCCAAAGCAAGCCUUGACAAAUAUAGCUACUGCACUCGCAGAACCUGCAGAGCUGUACCUGCCUUCCCCCAUGGGAGCUGGCUUCUAUGAUGGGCUCUUGUUUUUGCUGCUACAUUUAUUAAGCCAGGGAGAUACAGCAACCGUGAGAGAGUUUGUGGCCUCCGAGCUCUGGAGCAUUGUAUGGCAUCGCUUUGCUAUGGUGUUCCACUUGACCACUUGGCAGCCAGUGAUGGAAGGUGAGACCCCGAGAGCUGGCCAGGAGCCACCGGUGCCUGAUUGGAACCUGCUGUCGCCGCACGGGACCUUGCUCUUCCUCAGCUUAAUCCUCUUCAUCUUUACCCAAGAGCCUCACCAGUGCCUUUUCCAGCUGGCCCAACCCAGUAGUGUUAUGAUGGCAAUGCUGAACAAGCUACUUGAACCCGGCUUCUUGAAACACUUGGCCCAAAUGCAGGUGCAGGAGGACAGUGAUCCCAAACUGGUGCCCACUGUUGUGCUCCAAGUCUGUCGGGUAUUCUGUUUCCCGUUUGCUCUGGAUGUAGACCCAGAAACUUUAGAAUGUAUCAUAGCAAGCCUGAGGGACUCUCAAUUCCCUGCCCAUUUACUCCAGGUCUCCGUUCAACAUCUUCCCAUCUCAGAGACUGAGUUGCCUUUGAGCCUUUUGUGCCGCUUGGUAUUGAGUGAUGAGGGAAUCAUUGGGCAAGUGGUGGAAGUAGCCACCUCAGAACAAGCCCUUGUCUUCUUGUCGGCCAUUUUGCUUUCAGAUCAGGCAGCUAUUACUGCAGACCUGCUCUCUCUGCUCACUCACAUAGCCCGGGCCAGUCCAGCUCACUUGCCUUUCCUGCAGAGGCUCCUGAUCGACACCGAUUCAGCUUCCCAGCUGUUGAACCAUGUGCUUCGCCAUCGGGAUUGCCUGAUCCGAGCCAGAGCUUGUAGUCUUGUAGGCAAUCUUUUACGACACGGACAAGAAUUUCCUCAUAGACUGUGGCACAAGGCUGGAUUGGAGGAAUUUUUGGUGGAUUGUCUGUCAGAUGAAGAUGAACACGUGCGUUGCUCAGCCAGCUUUGCCGUCGGUAACGCAGCCUACCAGGCUGGUCCUGUAAUGCAGGGUGUUAGCAAAGCUGUGCCUCGGCUUGUUCGGCUCCUGGGAGAUUCUCAGGCAAGGACCCGUUGCAAUGCCGCUUCAGCACUGGGCAACUUGGGACGACAGUCCGUGGAGGUGGGAGAUUUGCUGAUCCAGAGCAGAGCACCUGAACUUCUGUUGGAUGCGGCCUGCCACAACUCCCAUCCUGCUGUGCAAGAGGCAGCACUCUUUGCUUUACGCUCCAUUGGUCAGCAGUCCAAGAUUCACCAGGUGCUGAUGUCACUCCAAGCAAGUGAAAAACUGGAAGCCCUUUCCAUUCAUGGAUCUCAGGCUUCAACGUAUAGUAGUCCUCGGCCCACAUCAAGGCACUGUAAGAAACUGAUCCAUCUCCUACAGGCUGCACACAGUGUAUAAGAUCUGAAGAACAGACGCAACUUCUCAUUUUUUCAGAAUGCUUUAGGUUUGGAGGACUUCAAGGUAGUAAACUCCAUUGUAGAUACUUUUUGAAAAUAGACUUUAGUGCGCUUGGAAUAUCAUUUUGAUUCUUGCCUGAGAUUAGAAACAGCAGUCACAAACUGUUUUUUUUUUUAAAACAACAACACUAUAAACUGCCUUCUGUAAUGACAAGUCUAUGCAUAUAAUAAUUCUUUCCUAUUGUGAAGAAGCUAUGCUGCUGCACUGUUAUCCAACAUCUUGGAAGAAGGACUUUCAUGAAGUUGAUUCUCGUGACAGUUUUCUUUGGAAUGCUUAUGGUGGACAUCUACCAACAUAUAACAGUCUCUGCUGAAAAGAAGAAAAGGUGUUAGCAGCAUUGCUGGCUAAAAUGUUUGCUUUUAGUUUUGCAGAAUAACACAGGACAGAAGCUAUAACACUUUUAAAAAAUCUUGAAUAGGAAUAGAAUUUCUACUUCAACCGACUUAUCAAUUUUGAUCCUGCUCAUGAAGGUGUCCCAUUUUUAUUUAUUGAGAACUUUUCUAGAAUAUUUCCCUGGCUAAUCUCCUGUCUUUCUUAUUGUUAAGUCUUUGUAAUAAAAGCUAGUGUUGAUAUCCGGUGUUCUUGCUUAUCUGUGUACCAUUAGAAAACUGUAAAAGAUAUUUCGGAUUCUGAAAAGUGACAGCACAAACUGGGUCCUGUGCAUUAAAUAUUUAAGGACUAUAUAUAUGACUAGAAAGACUUUUAAUAUAUUUUUCUAAAUAAAAGAGAGAACAGAUUGAAACAAUGCUGAGAGCAUGGCCUUUCUGGAAUUUAAUAUUACUGUUCUCAUGCACUUCCCUUCUUUUUCCUAUUUAAAAAUUAUAAUUUUACACUUGGAAAUCAAACCAAAGAUCUUCAGGAUGAUACAAGAAUUAUAUUUUUCCUAUCACUCCUAUCAUAUCACCUAUUUUUACAAGCUUGGUAACUUUCAAGACACUUAAGAGGUUCAUAGUACAUCUCUUUGGUGAAAUAAAGAACAUUUAGUAUGAAAAAGAAUUCUACAUAUGUUCUUUC